CAUUGCCAGCUACGUGUUCUCGGCUUGGUUUCAGUCCCAGUCCCAGUCGACAGUCAAAAGCGGCAGCAGCUCAAACAGAGCCCCAAGAUAAACGUUUUUUUAAUCUAAUAUGCAAAUAGAAACAACAAUAAAAAGUAUAAAAUACGAAAGAGAAUUCCAGAUAAAAUCCUAACGUUAAAGUGCAAGUGCAAUGGAUUGUCAAAAUAGCUAUAUUUCAACGGAUCCUAAUCGGGCUUAGUUUGGAGUUGUAAUUCACGUUUAGCCUGUCUUUGCUUUGUCUAGUCCCCGAAAUAAUAUUCCUCAAUCCCGAAUGCAAUCGUCUCGUGUUUUGUCUAUCUUAUCUGAGCUGAGAGGCUUACGAACUCGGUGGGCUACUGGCUUAUGGCCUCUAUAAAGAUGAAAUUGCAUCUGCAAUCGCUUGGAGGCCCCAUAUCAAUCAAAAUAGUUCAUUUUUUAUAAGUGAAAGAAAUUGAAACGUAAACAAUUUUACGACCACCUACAUAUUUUUUAUAAUAAUGUGAGAUUCCCCGACUUUAUUAAAACCUAAUUAACUAUUUGUUUUGCUGUACCACCGAUUAGCAUGAUGACUUACCAAGCCCUUAUCAGUGAUAGUGGAGAAAGGUGAUUAGAUUCGAGGGCCCAGUGGAAAAACAUAACCUGCUCAACGGUGCAGCCAUCUCUUUCAGAAAAAAUUUGGACAGGUUCAUAGUGCCUGGUGCUCGUAAUGGUUAUACACAUUUGUGUAAAUCAGAUAGACGUUCUGUUAUCAGUAAUUUGUUUUAUAAUGCCCGUCUUGGCCUGAUAAGUCGCCCCACAGCCCUUGGGGCAGUCAGAACAACACCGCCGAGUGUUGGCCACAGUUGAUGAGCUCUCGCAGGCGUCGGAGUCAAAAGUUUCACCGUUUCGCGACGGGAUGUGAAAAGUGCAAUAAAGCUGGCAGAAUACGUUUAUAUUUCCAAAUUUCCCUUAGAUUGGGAUGAAGCUUGAACAUAAUUCUAAAAUUCAAAAUACCAAAUCAAAAGUGUGAAGAACACAAGAUUUCAGGAAACGAAUAUUCAAGUUUUCGUGCACUCAAUCAAAACUAGUGUUUAAAGAUACUAAUAAAGGACAGGCGCAAACUGGCGUGGCCAGAAGUGUCUAAUUAGAAGCACGACAAUCUUCCGGAGCUAGUUGCCGCGCAAUCUUCUCAUCCGAUCUUCGUUCUGCGCCCCAGAUGCCAUAAAGAUUAGUCUGUUUAUCAGGCCCUACGACUGACUGGGUACUAAGGCACCUCCACUUGGAAUACUGGUAGUGCAAAAUGAGAGACAAAAAGGAACAGGCGUACAGCCGGAAGGCCUCCCAGGUCUCGGGACACUUCUCCCAAAUGGACGUUGACGACUCGGAGUUCAACGAUCCCUUCCAGACCGUGAUGGAGAAGGCCGGCAACCAUGGUCGCUACCAAACCCUAUACAACUUCAUGUUUAUCGGGGGUUUGGCCUGCAGCGGUGCCAUGAUCUACAUGAACAUCAUCCUGGCCCUCAACAUACCCGAUCAUUGGUGCACUGUGCCGGGCAGGGAAAACACCAACUUUACGCUGGAGGAAUGGCGAGACAUCACCCUGCCCAAACAGGCCGACAAUCGUGGCAGGGCGACGUUUAGUAACUGUGAGAUGUACCAGAUGAACUUUUCAGAGAUCACGGACUGGUCCGCUUGGAAUACCAGCCAGCGGACGAAAACAACAGAGGCCUGCCAGAACGGCUGGAGUUACGACAGGACCUGGUACGACAGCACCAUCCCCACGGACCACAACUGGGUGUGCGCCAAGGAUUUGUUCGUGACAAAUGUGUUCGUGGUGGGUCGUGUGACAGAGGUGGCCGGUUCAUUUAUAUUGGGACAAAUGGGCGAUUCCUAUGGUCGCCGGUUCGUGUACUACAUCAGUGUGGUCUUCUGCUCCCUGGGCCGCUUUGGGUCCAUCAUGUGCACCAGCUCGUACACGUGGUUCCUCAUCAUGACCGGCAUCGUGGGCCUCACCGUCAACAGCCUCUUCCAAUCGCCCCAAAUUAUCGGCAUGGAGAUCUCCCGGGAGGAGGACCGCAGUCGAAUUGCCUUCUUCCAGAGCUGCGGCUGGUCCGUCGGCACCACCCUGAUGCCCCUGCUCUACUGGUGGCUGCGCCACUGGGACUCCUUCAUGUGGCUCACCUCGAUACCCACAGCGAUGGCUCUGCUUCUGUCCAAAUACGUAAUCGAAUCGCCACGAUGGUUGAUUAGCAAACAGCGUUUCCGCGAGGCCAUUGUCCAACUGCAGAAGAUAGCCAAAAUUAACGGCCAUCGCUUCGACAUGACCGAGAAGGAAUUGGCCGAGAUCUACAGUCGAGACAAGCAGGACGUCACCUACGGCAUGGCAUCGCUCUUUGCUGGCUGGCGGCUGGCCCGCAACACAAUCAUCAUGGGCUUCAGUUGGUGCGUGGUGGCCGUCUCCUAUUUCACGCUGGUGCUCUUCAGCUCCCGCAUGGCAGGCAAUCCCUUCCUCAACUUUUUGUACCAGAGCAUUGUGGAGAUCCCCGCCUACGUGGUGGGCCGCUACAUGGGCGAUACGUACGGGAGGCGCUUCACCAACUCGGUUUCGUUCCUCAUCGCGUUCGUCACCUGUCUGCCCAUCAUUGUGUAUUCGACGGACGAGCGGUACGAGAGAAUGAUGAUCUACCUGGCCACGUUCAUCAAGUUCCUCAACGCCCUCACCUUCUUCACGGCGAACCUGCAGUGCCUGGAGAUCUAUCCCACGUGCAUGCGGCAGACGGGCGUGGCCCUGGGCACCAUCCUGGCCAACGCCAUCGGAGUGCUGGCCCCGUACCUGGUCUACCUGGGCACCACCGUGGACAUCCGGGCGCCGUACUACAUCUUGGGCGUCCUCUUCCUGCUGGGCGGCAUCGGAGCCCUCUUCCUGCCGGAGACCCUGCACAAGAAGCUGCCGGACACCAUGGAGGAGGCCAGGCAUUUUGGACAACACGAUAAAUUCUUCAGUCUGCCGAAACCGCCGCCGGCGGCGGAGAAGGACGACAGGCUGUCAUCCCAUCCGGAGUUGGCCAGGCUCAGACGCUCGGAGACGGCGCCCUGAACUCCCGAAUACCCGAAUCCCUGAAUCCUCGAGACAACUCCUUCGAAGUCGAAGUGCUCGCUGGCAAUCGAUUCCCGUAUCCGUAUCCGUAUCCGCACCCGUACCCGUACCCUUACCCUUUCCCGUUCACCACUCACGUUACCCUUGUGAUGUUACAUUAAGUUUGGCCCCAAGUAUUGCGAAUAAAGUAUUGUUAUGUAGGCAGCCGUAAUAAGACCCGCAUAAAUCACAAAUCAUCCGAACUCCCCCGACCAUCGGCGCACAAAGAAAUCCCGGCAAUGAGUUUAUCAGCGCAUCUGUCAGAAAUUUACAAAUUACCUGGGGUGGCUAAUGCUGUGGCUAAUUUAAUAAAUGACGCCUACGCCAGGACCGCACACAUGGCGUAUGCGUAAUGCGUGGCAGGCGUCUGAUUUAUGCAA